AUGCAAGACGGCCGUUGCAACCACUUUCAAGAUGCCAUUGCAGGUGCGGAGAAGGACCACGAGUUGAAUUUGCAGAUGUUGGCCCACGAAAGGGCGAAAUACUUCCGAGCUGUGAAGCGGCUGUUCCAGCAGCCGCGCGCCCAGCGGAACUACAAUACUUCUUCUGCAUGCUCCAGCAUUGCAGUUGCCCUGCAAGAUCCAACGCUAUUGCAAGUGUUCAAUGCAUUGGAGAUCAGUGCGGACGUGCUACUGCAGAACCUAGGCUUUGUUUACGCAGUUGGAUUCGGAAUCUUGGCAGCAGCAGUCAAGCGAAAGAAGUCAUCUCAGCGCCUCAUGCUCGAUACUCCCGUUCAUUUUGCUGAGGACGGCGAUGCCCACGUCGAUGCAGACGAAUUUCUUGAAGGUGCUUUGCUUGAAAUGCUGCAUGCUUCUGAAGGGACCGGCGAGGUCAUGGGCAUCAAGAGGGACCUGGCUGUUGUGAAACAACGCUUGGAGCAGCAGGAGGCGCUCGGGACUGCAGAUGUCCAACUGCGAGACGACAUGCUCUUCAAACGCUUGGAGGAUUGGCUAUCGCGAAUGGAGGCGGUUAUCGACAAUGCCCUCAGCACAUCGCGGCAGGUCAGGCCGGUCACUCCACGAUCGUUCUGCUCGUCGGGCGGGGAGCUUUCACUGGACGAUGCACCCAUCACAAAGGUGCGGCGUAAAACCCGUGUGGCCACCCGGGACUCCUGGGACAAGGACUUGGAGGACAAGAGACCACAGCAUCAGGGAGAAGAAAGCCCGUCCGCCGCCAACAUAUUGCCGGAUUUGCCCGAGGACAGGCCGAAGUUUGUAUCCACACGGACGAAGGCCCUCGAAUCGCAGGAGCCUGCUAGCUUGAGGGAACAAGUGGCAGGCUGCAUGCAGACGAUGCUCGCAACAAACCUCGACAAGGAGGAUGAAAAGCUCAGCUUUCCACGCAGAGCUCUUGCUCGCAUCGUGAAAUCCUGGCUGUUUGAGGCCUUCUUUGCACUCGUGAUUCUCUCAAACUCGGUCUUCAUCGCAGUUCAGGUGGAAGCCACCGCAAGGGAUCCAGGCAUCAACCAGGAUGUUGGGUACUUCGUUGUGGGCUCGAUUUACACUUUUCUGUUUACAACAGAACUUGUGCUCCGAGUGCUGGUCUUCGGCCUUACAGUCUUCGUUGGACCAGACUGGGCCUGGCUUCUUCUGGAUUUGCUUGUGGUAUCAUCGAGCCUUUUUGAGUUUGUCUUGGAGCUUGCUUUGCAACAGCAGGAGGACAGCACCAGCGUGCUGACAAAUAUGCGGCUUCUACGGAUCUUGCGCAUUGGAAGAAUCACGCGCGCCAUACGUGUGGUGAGGCUUGUCAAGUUUAUCCGGUCGCUACGGCAGCUUCUAUACUCCAUCGGACAAACCCUGAGAGCUAUGGCAUGGUCUGUGGUCCUUCUGGGUCUCAUCAUCUUUCUGUUUGGCCUGAUCUUCACUGACAUAUCCAGCGAGUACCUUACACGCGAUGUGACCGAGAUCUCGGAAGAAUUCGAAGGCUUCAUCGUGAAUCGAUUCGGCGGGCUGGAACGGUCGAUGCAUACACUUUUUGCAUCUGUUACCGGAGGCUUGACUUGGAUUGAAGCCCUCGAUGCCCUUUCCCACAUAUCUACAGUUUGGGGCUUGCUGUUCGAAGCCUACAUAGCCUUCUGCUUGUUCGCGGUGCUCAAUGUGAUGACAGGUGUAUUUUGUCAAAGUGCUAUGGAAAGUGCGGAAAAGGACCACGAGCUUGUUCUGCAGAAUGUUGUCCAGGAGAAGGCAAAGUACUUCAGGGCGGUGCGUCGACUGUUUGCACAGUUGGACCAGAAUGGGGACGGUGGCAUCACUGCCAAAGAAUUCGAGGUCGCACUGGAGGAUCCUGCACUGAUGCACGUGUUUGACGCGUUGGAGAUCAGUGCCGACGAUGCGUGGAACUUGUUCACGCAGCUCGAUUCAGAUGGCGAUGCCCACGUCGAUGCCGAGGAGUUCCUGGAAGGCUGUAUGCUUCUGAAGGGACCGGCACGCUCGAUAGACGUCAUGGGGAUCAAGCGGGACGUUGCUGUUGUGAAGCAUCGUUUGCAGCAGGUCUUCGCCACGCUGAGAUAUUCAGGCGCCGUCAGGGACUUGAAGCUGUCAGUGAUCUCAGAGGGCAAAAAGGUGCCCGUGGGCUAUGCAGGCAGGAAGGCUCGAUUUUUUUUGCUCAUCGCCCUCCAAACGGAAGCAGCAUACCGCGAGCGCCUUGAAGGCAAGGGCUCGCCAGACUGGCUUUGGGAGGUCCCGCCGACGCGCUUCAUUUGCGUCACAGCAUUGGGAGGCGAGCGGAAUGAUUCCUUGCUGUCCAAACUUCAGCUUGACUUCUGCGGAGGGCAGAGCUCCGCGCGCAGCGACGCGGUGGUGAUAUAUGUUUUGCAUUUGGCGAUGAGGGAGAUGGUGCUGCGCCAAGGUCAAACAGCGGCCAUCCAUUUCACUUCCUGUGUGGCCGACCGAAGUCAUCCGCUCCCGGUCGGAGGUGAUGAAUCCAAGGUACCCAUCGAGCGCAGCUCGGUUGUCUUUGACAGUAAUACCUAUGCAACUUGGCUGAAGCACGGGGUCACCGUGGUGCUCGCAACAAGCUAUAUGGACUGGCCGGAUGCUGAGCACGUUGCGGCGAGUUUUGCGGGACGAACUGGCAGCUUUCUAGCAUUCCUGGACUUGGUGUCUGGUGCAUGGAUCACGCUGUGCGAACUGGAACCGGACGAGUCUGUGAGGCAGUUCCGGGUGCAAAUUCCACAUUGCGAUGUCCCAGAGGAGCGCGCCGCCGCAACACCCCGCCGCGCGGUACCAGAUCGCGGCAUUUAUCACGCCGUGACGAUGGAGGAUCGCACAGCACUCAUGGAGUUCACGGCGGUGCUGACCAUGGUUGGGCCUUCCACGCGGAGCACAGCAUGGAGGCGGCGAGAUGGGAGCACCGCCGUCUACUUGGGCGGGCCAGCUGCAGUGGACUCCGCCGGACCCACGACCAGCGUCCCUGCAUUGCAGCCGAAUUCCUCGCUGCGGUGGGUGGGCCCACUGAUGCGGCGGGAGGUCAUAGCGGAGCUCAUCGCCGAUGAGUCCACAGCAUGGCCGGCAGCACGACCGGUUCGGGCGACUUACUCCACGCCUGACAAGCCGGCGCCAACCCAGGUAGCCACGGCGAAGGUCGGCGAGCACACCGAGAAGCUGCUCAAAGAGUUCAUCGGCUCCACUAUAAGGCCCCGCCAUCAACACUGGGGCGACGACCUCGGUGUGCCUUAA